UCAUUUCACCAAACACCAGAAACUGAAUGGCUGGCAAUUUUGUGCAAGUAAUUUUGUGGAGUAGAAGGUUUAGGAUACAGUACCUGUCCUUCGAAUGUAGGCUAACCAACACAACGGAGAUACAACGUUUACCGAACUGAAUUUCCAGGAUGAAUCCUUCUGAUGACAUACCUUUGGAAACCAAGCUACAGCAGCUGGAGUGUCACUUCACCUGGGAUCUGACCAAAGAAAGUGCAGACCUGUCAGAUCUUCAGACCAGGCUGGAGGACCAAAUAGAGCUGGAUGUAGGCAAGAAAGCUGGGGCAAUCCGAUCAUAUUGUUUUUUGGCCUAUGUCAGGUACCUACAAGGUUUCCCAGAUGAUGCCCUCACAAACCUGGUCAAAUCAGAAGAGUUUACAAGGGAAUACCAAUGUGAUGAUCGUGAGCGAUUUCUCAUUGUCACCUAUGGCAACCUUGCCUGGUUACACCAUCACCUAGGAUCAUACUCGGAGUGUGAGAGUUACUUGGAAAAGCUGGUGAGCAUAAAAGAGAAGUUCCCCACUGGGUCCCCGACUGUGCUUCACCCAGAAGUCUAUGGUCAGAAGGCCUGGACCUACCUCAAGUUCGCUCACAAGUACUAUGAGCGGGCAAAGCAAUGUUUCGAAAAAGCCUUGGAGCAGGAGCCAGAUGAGAGUGAGUGGAACGCUGGCUAUGGCAUCGCUCUAUACCGCACAGAAAACAACAAGUCAACUUUAGAAGACUCGCUGGCGGUAAAGCAACUCAGACGAGCCAUCGCGAUAAGCCCAGAAGAUGCUGUUCUAAUGGUGUUGCUAGGCCUGAGACUGAAGGUGUUCAAAAAGCACGAUGAGGCUGAGAGGCUGAUUGAGGAGGCUCUUGAGAUGGAUUCUCGCAACCCCCAUGUGAUUCGCUAUGUCGGGAAAUACUUCCGCCAAGGUGGCUCUGUAGACCGGUCCAUUGCACUGCUAAAGAGGGCUGUGGACCGUACCCCUAAUUCAGGCUUCCUUCACCAUCAGCUAGCUCUGUGCUACAAGAAGAAGAAAACAGAUCUGUUCUGUAAAGGAGGUGCCAGGGGCAAAGGUCAUGAGGUCAAACAGCUUAUCGGACAGUGCAUCCAUCACCUGCAAGUGGCCACAACACUGAAGUCUAACUUCAUACUAGCCAUGGCUGAUCUUGCUCUGCACUACGGUCAGAAUAAAGAAAUUCCCCGGGCCGAAAAGAUGUUUCAGGACACCUUUAAAGCAGCAAAGGAGAAACACGACAAUGUGCAGGUAGUACACCUGUACUAUGGUGAGUUCCAGCAGUACCAGAACAAAUCCGAAACACUAGCUGCCAAGCACUACAAGGAGUGUUUGACACUUGGGCUGGAUACAGUUGAGGGGAGGGAGAGUGCCCGUUCCCUGAAGAAGAUGGCUGAGAAACGUCUGGCCAGAGACCCCAGAGAUGGAGAAGCCUUUGGAAUUCUGGGAUUCGUCCACAUGGCAAAGGGAGAGAAGUGCCGGGCAUUGGAGUGCUAUGAGAAAGCUCUACUGUUUGAUUUUAACAAUGAUGAGUAUCUCAGUGCACUGUGUGAGCUUCGUUUGUCUUUGCAGUAACUCUUUUUCAUGGACAUCUCACCACUGCUAUGCUGAACGGAUGUGAAUGGAUCUGGUUUGGCAGUGAAGUAUAGGAUAAUAUAAUAUAGUGAUAUCUCAAAGUCAGGUGGUGUCUGGCACUCGCACUCCACUACAUGUCACUCAUUCACCAUGGAUUGGAACACACAC